GUUGCUCCCCCUUAGAGAAUCCGAAGGCAGCGAUGGCGGGUGGGGGCCGGUGCAAGCUGGGAGGAUCGUGCAGCAGCGAAGGCGUCGAAGAUGGCAAGAAGGAACCUGAUGUGAGGAGGAGGAUGGGGCUACGGGAGGGCCAGUGGGCUCUCAGCCUUGGCAUCACUCGGAGGGGAGAUCGGUGAUAUUCUGGGCCGGCGUCCCCGCACGCGGGCUGGCGAUAGGAAGACGUCAGAGCUCUCUUGUCCGCGCUAGAAGAGCCCUCCCCCGCCCCCCAUCCCUGCGCUGGGGGCUCGCCUAUAAAGUCGGGGUCCUGGUGGAGGCUGCAGCAGUAGCGCCAGCGGCUGGGAGCUCCUCCCGGGUCCGGCCCCUCCUGUCCCUGCUCCGCCGGAGAGCGCAGCGCAGCGCCCAGCAGUGCCCAGAGCUGCAAGGCUUCCCGCCGGGACAAUGCGCAGCCGAGAGCUCCCGCUAGUCCUCCUGGCGCUGGUGCUGUGCCAGGCGCCCCGGGGGCCAGCGGCCCCGGUGUCAGCGGGCGGAGGCACCUUGUUGGCCAAGAUGUACCCGCGUGGCAACCACUGGGCAGUGGGGCACUUGAUGGGGAAGAAGAGCACAGGAGAGUCGCCCUAUGCUUCUGAAAGGGACAGCCUGAAGCAGCAGCUGCGGGAGUACAUUCGGUGGGAAGAAGCUGCCAGGAGUUUGCUGGGCCUCAUGGAAGAAAAGGGGAAUAGGAACCAGCAGCCACAUCGACUCGAGCUCCUGGGCAACCUCCAGCCUACCUGGGAUUCAGAGGACAGCAGCAACUUUCGAGACGUUGGCUCAAAACGCCAAGAAAGCUGGUAGGAUCUCCCUGGGAAGGAAGGAGCCCCCGGCCGAAUGGACAAUGGCAGCCUCUUUCAAAGGAGCAAAACCAAACCCUUCAGAGACUGCGGUCUGCAAGCAUCAGUGCCACGGGACCACCCACGAGAUCUCCUUUGUGCAAAACACUUACCUGUUCUUGUGUCUUUCAACCUCGACCACAUUCAUGAUUUUCCGGCAGCAUCAUCCGGUUUGAGCUUGUUUGCCGUGAACGAUUGUCCAGAAAGAGUCUUCCAAUGAAUGCUUUUUACAUCUAAGCUGUUUGUGGAUUCGAUUCAAGGCCCUGGUCUGCUCCUGUUCACAAUAAAAGCUUCAACACGUU